UGUCAAAGAAGAAAUGGCGGUGAAUGCUUGGAUUAAAUUUUUAAGUUAACUUUACAAGUCAUUAAAUCACUAAAAAUGCAUAUAAAACAGGUGAUUAUUCAGGGUUUUAAAAGUUAUCGUGAACAAAUAGUUGUGGAACCUUUUGAUAAAAGGCAUAAUGUAGUCGUUGGGCGUAAUGGUUCUGGAAAAAGUAACUUCUUUCAUGCAAUUCAGUUUGUACUGAGUGAUGAAUUUUCACAUCUUAGACCAGAACAGCGACUUGCUCUUCUCCAUGAAGGCACCGGACCCAGGGUGAUAUCUGCCUUUGUGGAAAUCAUAUUUGACAAUUCUGAUAAUAGAAUACCGAUUGAAAAAGAUGAAAUAUUUUUACGCCGAGUUAUUGGUUCAAAGAAAGAUCAAUUUUUCCUUAAUAAGAAAGUGGUACCUCGCUCUGAAGUACUAAAUCUUUUGGAAAGUGCUGGACUCUCCAAUUCAAAUCCAUACUACAUUGUCAAACAAGGAAAGAUUAAUCAAAUGGCAGUAGCUCCAGACUCACAUAGACUGAAGCUACUAAGAGAAGUUGCUGGAACUAGAGUGUAUGAUGAAAGACGUGAGGAGUCUGUUACUAUACUCAAAGAAACUGUUGGCAAGGUUGAGAAAAUCAAUGAUUUUCUGCAAACAAUUGAAGAGAGAUUAAAAACACUUGAGGAGGAGAAGGAAGAACUCAAGGAAUACCAGAAGUGGGAUCGGGCUAGACGUGUUUUAGAAUUCAUCAUCCACGACACUGAGCAUAGAGAAAACAAACGCAAAUUGGAAGAUUUAGAGAAAAUGCGUGCGAACAGUGGCAAAGAGCAACAGCAUUAUGCGGAUAUGGUGCGUGAAGCUCAAGACCAUGUGAGGGAAUCUAACAGGAAACUAAAAGACGCUCGUAAAGACGUGGCCGCGACACGGGAAGAGAAAGAUAUAUUAUCGACUGAACAACAGCAACUGCUGAGGGAGAAGACCAAGCUUGAACUGGCAAUAAAAGACCUCACUGACGAUGUUGAUGGAGAUAAUAAAUCCAAGGAAAGAGCAGAGGCUGAACUGGAACGUCUUCGUCAACAAAUAUCCGAAAAGGAACGUGAAUUGGAAGAGCUUAAACCUAAAUAUGAAGAGAUGAAGGCACGCGAGGAGGAAUGUACCAGAGCGUUGGCAUUGAACCAACAGAAGAGACAAGAGUUGUACGCUAAACAAGGGAGAGGCACGCAGUUCACGUCCAAGCAAGAUAGGGAUCGUUGGAUCGAGAAGGAACUUAAAUCCCUUAAUAAACAGAUUAAGGACAAAAAAGAUCACGAGAACAAAUUACGAGAAGACCUACGUCGGGAUGCGACAAAAUUGACAGAGUUGGAGAAACGUAUAGAGGAGAUGACGAAAGAAAUGGAACGGCAGCGAGUGGCUAUCGACGAACACAACAAACAGUACUAUGAAUGCAAGAAGCGGAAGGACCAGGAACAAAGUUCUAGAAAUGAAUUAUGGCGCAAAGAAACAACAUUGACACAGAACCUGUCAUCACUGAAGGAAGAUUUGGCAAAGGCUGAUCAAGCGUUACGUUCAAUGGCUGGCAAGCCUAUAUUAAACGGUAGGGACAGUGUGCGAAAAGUUUUAGAAACAUUCCAAGAGAGGGGCGGAGAUUGGGCCAAAAUAGCUACGCAGUACUAUGGACCCGUCAUAGAGAACUUCACCUGUGACAAGACCAUUUAUACUGCGGUCGAGGUUACAGCCGGUAAUCGACUCUUCCACCACAUAGUGGAGUCAGACACAGUGGGCACAAAGAUUCUAAAGGAGAUGAACCGUCAGAGCUUACCAGGAGAAGUUACCUUCAUGCCACUUAACCGUCUCCAAGUAAGGGAUAUGGUGUAUCCCAACGACAAUAAUGCAAUAGCCAUGGUACAGAAGCUUAAAUAUGAUCCCAAAUACGCUAAAGCAAUGAAGUACAUUUUUGGAAAAACACUCAUCUGCAGGAAUCUAGAGUGCGCUACUGAGCUGGGCAAACAGUUCCACUUGGACUGUGUCACAUUAGAAGGAGAUCAAGUGUCUUCAAAAGGUUCCCUGACAGGAGGUUAUUUCAACCAAUCGCGUUCACGUCUUGAAAUGCAAAAGACCAGAUCGGAGUUGAUGGAACAAAUCACCACCUUAGAUGAGGAGUUGAACACACUACGGCAGGAGUUGAACAAGACUGAGACGAGUAUUAACACUAUUGUGUCAGAAAUGCAGCGGACAGAAACGAAACAGGGAAAGGCCAAGGACAUAUUUGACAAAGUAAAAGCAGAUAUACGUCUGAUGAAAGAAGAAUUAGCAUCCAUAGAAAGGUUCAGGGGGCCGAAAGAACGAUCGUUAGCGCAGUGUCGCUCCAGCUUAGAGGCGAUGCAGGCCACGAAAGAGGGACUGGAGUCUGAACUGCAUCAGGAACUAAUGGAACAACUGUCGACUGCAGAUCAAGGGAAGGUAGACGAAUUGAACGAUGCUAUUCGGAGACUGACUCAGGAAAACAAGGAGGCCUUCAGUCAGAGAAUGAAUCUCGAAGCGACUAAAAAUAAACUUGAAAAUCUUCUUACGAAUAAUCUUAUACGACGCAAGGACGAGCUCGUGCAGGCGCUGCAGGAGAUAUCGGUGGAGGACCGCAAGCGACGCCUCUCCAACAGCAAGGCCGACCUCGCCGCCGCCGAGAAGCGCAUCCGACAGAUCAACCGCGAGCUCGAGGACACCGAGCGCGCCGUGCAGGCCGCCGUGCGCAACGAGAAGGCGCUCAAGGUGGAGCUCGACAAGUGGCGCACCAAGGAAAAAGAAGCGCAAGAUAAAAUGGAAGAAGAUGCAAAGGGAUUGGAAAAAAUGGCUUCGAAAGAAGUGCUACUGCAAGAGAAAAUUCAAGAGUCCUUAGACAAAAUAGCUGCUCUCGGCACCUUGCCUAAUGCGCCCGAGUUACACUCGAAAUACCAGAAGAUGUCUUUGAAACAGUUAUUCAAAGAACUAGAGAAAGCGAACCAGCACCUCAAGAAAUACAAUCACGUUAACAAAAAGGCUUUGGACCAGUUUAUAAGCUUUUCGGAACAAAAGGAAAAACUAUACAAGCGGAAAGAAGAACUUGAUAUCGGUGGAGAAAAAAUUCGCGAAUUGAUUGAAACACUGGAGCACAGGAAACUCGAAGCCAUACAGUUCACAUUCAAGCAAGUUAGCAAAAAUUUUACAGAAGUGUUCAAGAAGUUGGUACCUCAAGGUCGAGGGAGUCUUAUAAUGAGGGUCGCGCCGGAUGAGGGACAAGACACCAACCCCGACCGCGCCAACGCGGACCCGUUCACCGGCGUCGGCAUCAAGGUGUCGUUCACGGGCGGCGACGGCGACAUGCGCGAGAUGAACCAGCUGUCGGGCGGGCAGAAGUCGCUGGUGGCGCUGGCGCUCAUCUUCGCCAUCCAGAAGUGCGACCCGGCGCCCUUCUACCUGUUCGACGAGAUCGACCAGGCGCUGGACGCGCAGCACCGCAAGGCCAUCGCCAACAUGAUCCACGAGCUGUCCACGUCGGCGCAGUUCAUCACCACGACGUUCCGGCCCGAGCUGCUCGAGCACGCGCACAAGUUCUACGGCGUCAAGUUCCGCAACAAGGUCUCGCACGUCGAGUGCGUCACCAUCGACGAGGCGCGCGACUUCGUGGAGGACAGCGCCACGCACGCCUAGAUUAAUCACCGGGCGCUGAUGAAAUGUCGUGGACGACCUCACUCUAUCCCGAAUAAGAGAAUACUGUUUGAAUCGAUAUCGCGAACUAUUAAAUAGCCUUUAUUCAAUUUGAUUAAAAAGAGUAAUCAUAAAAGAAAAUAUGAAGUAUGAAAAUAAUUAUUUUCGUUAUUGGAAAGUUUACAUAUUCAUUCAAUGAAAAUUAUAUUAAUAGUAACGUAUUCUGUGAAAGCAUUUAUUUAAAAUGUGUAAAUAAAUUAAAAAAAAAAGCAACGAAAAUAUUAUUUUGACAACGUUACUUUCUGUUUAAGUUCGCGAAGCUUCGGUUGUGAUCAAGCUUAUAUUAUUUUUGCUAAAAUAAUUCUUCGUCUUACUUAAAAGUGCGGGAACAUUUUUUGUUAAAUAUUUUAGUUUUGUAUUUGAUAUUUUUUAUCCGAAAAUCGGUUCAGCUUAUCACAUUCUUCAUUUCUCUCGGUUCGGUUGACGUUAUCUUUAUCUGUAUUGUGUAAGUUUUCGAUUUUUAUUUAAGAUUAUUAAAUAUAUUGACAUAUUUGUAAUAUUAGAUUUU